CAAUUCUGUGCCUUCGGGGCUUCCGUAAGGUUGCGUUGUCAACGGUAUCAAAACAAUGCUUUCUGAAACAGGAGAUUUGACAGGGUGCGGACAAGAGCUAAUCCCGAACAGCUGAAUGUGUUUCUAUAAAUAAAGUUAACAGUUAUUAUAUUUUAAAGCAAGCAAUUGGUAUUUGCAAAUAAAUACGUAUUUAAAUAAGCAAACAGCCUGAUACUGUAGUGAAAAAACAGCAGCGUAGCUGUCGUAGUAGUCGCAAUUGUAAAUAUGAGUUAUUUAGAUCGUGUUAUUGUUAAAUGCAAAAAAACAACGCUAUAGUAUUGAUUUGGAGCAAAAUAGCAAGUUUGUGACUAAAAAAAAUGCAUAACGUAACAAUGAAAGACAAUUGCAAGUAGUUGAGUGAUGUCUAGGGACAACUUUGUGGUGCGUGUUUAGUUAAGAUUAUGUUUGUCCAAAAUAUUUCAAUAAGAAGAACUGUACGGUAUUUAGAGACAUCAUUUGUUUUUUUUAAGAAUGAGUGACCAUUAUGUGAAAGUCAAAGUACAGCUGGAAGAAAUACAAUUCCCCGGCGAAGAAACCGAAAAGGAUGUAGAAGUUGUGGCAGGACUGGAGCUGUCUGUGUCAUCAUCGUCAUCAUCAUCAUCAUCAGCACCAGCAGCAGCAACAUCUGUCGCCCAGGACGGAAAAAGCAGAAAUGAUAGCGGCAGGAAGCCUAUUAGCAAGACCAGGAGCAAAAGCAGGGGCAAACCGUUGGAUCCUGGGCGGAGAAGUAGAAGUAAAUCUGCGAAAGACGGCACGCAGGGUGUAGCGUCUGUGAAUCUGCAAGAAAAGAUGGAGAACACAGCUUGCACUGCCGAGCGGCUACAGAAUCCGAGCAGCAACGAGGCUGCGUUGGAAAUUAAAGGGAGCGGGAAGGUUUUGCAAGGGAAAGCCGAGCAAAGCAAAGGCCAACACGGGAAAGAAGAUGGGACUCAAGUACAGAGAAAGAAGAGGUCGGUCACCGUGGACAGCUCCAAAGCGAAGACGUCGCUGGAAGCGUUAAAGACAAGCAUCAAACAGCUAAAGUGGAAAGAGUUUCCCGCGGGCCGUCGCCUGCCUUGUGACAUUUAUUGGCAUGGAGUGUCAUUUCAUGACAAUGAAAAUAUCUUCUCAGGUCAAGUCAACAAGUUCCCAGGUAUGAUGGAGAUGGUGCGUAAAAUAAAUCUGAGUCGAGCAGUGCGUACGAUGCAUGAGCUCUUUCCUGAAGAAUACAAUUUCUACCCCCGUUCCUGGAUCCUGCCAGAAGAAUUCCAGCUUUUUGCAGCUGAGGUACGCAUGGCGAAAGAGAAUGACUCCUCCUGGAAGCCUACUUUCAUUGUUAAACCUGACGGGGGAUCCCAGGGAGAUGGAAUCUACCUCAUUAAAGAUCCCAAUGAUUUCCGAAUGUUGGGAAGUGCCCACAACAAGCCUGCAGUAAUCCAGGAGUACAUCAUAAAGCCUCUGCUCAUAGACAAGCUCAAGUUUGACAUCCGACUGUACGUCUUGGUGAAGUCCCUGGAGCCUCUGGAGAUCUAUAUAGCCAAAGAGGGACUUUCUCGGUUUUGCACAGAGCCCUAUCAGGAGCCUAGCCAAAAAAAUCUGCACCACGUUUUUAUGCACUUAACAAACUACUCUCUGAACAUCCAUAGCGGUAACUUCAUUCACUCUGACAGCAUGAACACAGGGAGUAAGAGAACUUUCUCCAGUAUUCUGUACAGGCUGUCUUCCAAAGGCAUUGACAUCAAGAAGGUGUGGUCAGACAUUAUUUCCCUGGUUAUCAAAACUGUUAUAGCACUGGCACCAGAGCUAAAAGUCUAUUAUCAGGCUGAUAUCCCAACUGGAAAGCCAGGACCAACAUGCUUCCAGAUAUUAGGGUUUGACAUCCUCUUAAUGAAGAACUUGAAGCCUGUAUUACUGGAAGUCAAUGCCAAUCCAAGCAUGAGAAUUGAACAUGAGCAAGAGGUUGCUCCAGGAGUGUUUGAGUAUGUCCCUAGUGCAGUUGAUGAAGAAGUGAAGGUGGGGGUCAUCAGAGACACCCUUCGACUGGUGGACCCAGCCCCUAGGAAAGCCACAAACAAUCAGUUACAUUUGGCCGGGAUUGCAUCAGAAAUGCAAGAAGACAUAUCGGAUGCUGGGUCCUCGGACAAGUCAGAGCAGGACAGUGGAGUGAAGGAGAACAAUCUGCCCUCCCUCUGUUUGAAGCAAGUGUUCCCAAAGUAUGCCAAGCAGUUCAACUACCUGCGCGUCAUUGAUCGGAUUGCAGAGCUGUUCGUGAGGUUCCUUGGAGUGAAAGGGACAAUGAGGCUUGGCCCUACUGGAUUUCGCACUUUCAUAAGGAACUGUAAGCUUUGUAACAGCAACCUGUCCAUGGCAUCUGUGGAUAUUCUGUAUAUUGACAUCACAAGGAGAUGGAACGGCAUGGGAGCAGAGCAACGGGAAUCUGGGAUGUGCUUGCAGGCCUUUGUGGAAGCCUUCUUCUACCUGGCCCAGCGGAGAUUCAAGUCCCUCCCUCUUCACGAGCAAGUGACAGCACUGGCUGAUCUGUGCGGAGCAGCAAAGCGGAGGGCAGCGUUAGCCGCCUGCCAGCCCGAAGGAAUUCAUUCAGUGCCGACUGCCCCAGCACCGCCUCAUCAUUUCAACUGCCCAGCAGCGGCCAGCAAAUCUGCAGAUUACAGGUUUCAUCGACCCGUACUGCCCACUAUCAAAGGAAACUGCAUAGAAAACUCUGCCGUUAACUGAUCUAGGUUCAGACCUAGACGCCAGCAACAGCUGAAACAGGGUCUCCCAUUAAGGCUGCUGUUGACACUCAUUGGCUGGGUUUUACAAUGAAUUCAUACUGGCAUCAGCAAUGGAUUGCGGCUAGGAUCAGCAGAAGCUGAUCAAGGAAUUGGUGGAUUUUUCUUUUUACUUUUUUUUUUUGUUACACACUGUUAUUUAUCUAUUGAAUUUCCAAAAUCCACACAAAAUGCAAGCUACAGCAUAUAUAUAUAUAUAUAUAUAUAUAUAUAUAUAUAUAUAUAUAUAUAUACUAUAUAUCCCAUGCCACGUGUGGAUAUGCAAUACUUUGAAGUCUUAUUUAUAUUAGAUGUGUAUUUCUUAAUGCCACAGUAGUCUGGAAUAUAUUUAAUAAUGAGAUUUAAGAAGUGUUUGGGGUGUUUGAGGUCUUGGUUCAGCUCAAGGCAGAUGCAACUGUAACUCAGAGUUUACUGUGUGUUAUGUUAUCGGUCUUCCAGAUGAUUUUGUCACUUUGGAAACUGACUAUGAAGGCACUGCAGUCUGUUCCACAUGGUAACACAUCCAACCCAUCCCCUCUCUUCCUUUUGUUAGGGUGUCAAGCUUCCUUUUUUUUCUGAAUUCGUUAUGAGAAACAAGAUGUUAAAUUGUCAGUUUGCUGUUAAUUAUGGUUAUAUAAAUAGCUUGCACGGCAUUUUAACAGGACUUAAAAAGGAAUCACUAUCACAUAAUGGUGCCUGCAUCUCAGUGAAGUGGUUCAUUUUAAAUCUUGCAUUCUAAUAUUUUAUUAAACUUGUCUUCAACACUAGCGACAUUAACCAUUAAUCACUGGUUGCUGCAGUAUCAUUUUGGGUCAUGUUAUGUAUUAACCGGGAACAAUUACAUGUUACACAUGUAAUAACUGUUAAUACGGAUUGUGCAUCGUUAUGAUUGAUUGAGGUGAGGGUUACAGUAAUACAAUUAAUGAAUACAGUGGCAGUUAUUCCUUGAUUUUAAUAUAAACCUUUACCUAAUUCAAACGAUGCUUUUGUUACAGUGUAUUCUGCAUACCCAUCCAUUAUAAAAGAGGUGCAAAGGAAAAUGAUGCCUAAGCAUGUGGUUGUUUAUAAAAAUAAAAAUAUACUCUAUAUGUAAGAAGUGAUAAUGCAGCUGUAUACAGUAGCUUUCACCAGGAACAUUCUAUAUAGAAACGAAUAGAACACAAGCCACUUGCUUCCCUUGCCUUCCCAUAACAUUCCUUAUAAAGGUAUUGCAGACAAAAUGACACAUCGGAUGUACUUUCACUGGCCUUCCGUCACAAGAUAACCUGUUUGCUUACUUUGUUUUGCAGACAGGAGCAUUCACUGCAAAAAACGAUAUAUCAUCAUAUAAAAGCAUAAAUAACAUACAUUCAGAUAAUCUGGUACUUUUAUUGGACUUUACCACUGCCUUGCAGAUACAAGGCAUUCAGUCUGUUUAAUUGUUCUACUAUGAUACUACCAGAUCUGGUUAGGAUACCUGAUUUGUGCACUGUCCAGUACAGUCAGUAUCGUCAUGAACUGUAUUCUCAUAAUACAUGUUUUCUUACCUGAAGAGUUUGAUUUCAGCCUUAUUUGUUAUAUGAAUUGAAUGGCAUUUUGUAUUCGGUACAGAAGCACAGUAGUACAGACAUCUGAAGUACUGCUUAGCAUUAUUAACUUCCAAAAAAACUGUCUGUCUGUAUGGCAUUCAUAAAUCGAUCUAGUUUUCCUGGUCAUGGUAAAUUAAGCAGUGGACUUGUAUGCCCUGAGUGCCACAUGGUUCACAAAACUAAUAGCCACUGUUGUCAACCCUACUGCUGGUGGAGGCAGCGAGCAGAAGACUGAUGAACACCUGAGACACAAAGGCUCUGCCUGAGUUACUGUCACACGUCAAAACAGCUGAACUUGUGGGUGUUGCUUUCCCCUUUUGUCAAUAUAAUGUGUUCUGGGACGUUCUCCCACUGAAAAAUGUUAGCUUUGUGGUCUGUAGCGUGUUGUACUUUUUCAUACAAUUGGCAACGUGUCUUCAGCCAACAGCUAGCAGUUUCUGUCAUGUUUUGAUUAAUCCUCACUCAGGCAGUCCUGUGGGAAUGUAUCUCUGAUUUGCAGGCUGUAGAUUGGGGUCCCUUGAUUCCAUUCCUCUUUUUGUUCUUUUUAUAUAAGUUCUUCGUUUCUUCAAAUACCCCUGGUGCUUCAACACUCUAAGCUGCUGCACUGCUGAGCUGCCAUGCCAGAGAAAACAUAUUACACUCUCCAGAAAAUGACAAUCAGGCUGUCCAGAUUCUUUGACAAUCAAGCUGUCCAGAUUCUUUUUCAUCCUCCACCUCCACCAAGACAUGUAGUUUGAAUCAUUCGCUUAUGGCUGAAUGCUGGUGGAUUGAUUUAAGUUUUUAUUUGUUUUUGUUUUUAUUUUAUUUUACUCUGUAAAUGAAACCUGUUAAAAGGCAAUGUUUACAUUCUCUGUAAUAAAAUUACUGUGCAGUAUUUUCCCAUCGGGUGGCACCGACUGCUAUGUACAGUAAAAAGUAUUUUUGGUAUCAAAGGUAAACUAUAACACCAUAAAAGGUGACAUUAGUUGCAAUGGGUCAAUUUCAACAAACUAAAAGGAGCAUAGUUUGCUGUCAAUACUAGUACUUUCUUUAUUUGUUGGUUGGGGAAAAAAAUAUGAAAAGCCAAACUUUCCAGGUUUCUAAAAUAGCAAAUUAGGGGCAUGCAUUCCACGGCAAAAUAAACAAUCCUCUCCCUGGCAUUCAAAUGAGAAACAAGAUUUCACCAUUUAAAUUGUUUGACUAGUGUUUUUAUUAUUUAUUUAUUUAUUUUUACCAUGACUCCUAAUGUGAUUUUGUGGAUGGUACCUAGUGCCAUUGGCAGUCAAAUAUGAAUCUACAGUUUCUUUGAAUUCUAAUUUAGGACGCAGUGCCACUUGGUGGUCAUGUGUUGUAACUACGGCAAGGAUCCUAACAGCAUCACACACUCCAUUUAAAAUUUAAACAUCUGUGGAACCUUAGUGGCAGAAUGUGUGCUGAUUAAGGUGGCUAGGGGCUGUGUCAGGGUUAACAUUAAAAGUGUAUUAUCAGUUUUACCCGAGGAACUUAAAUUACAUUUGUAAACCUCACAAAAAAAACAAUAAUAUAACCUUUAAGAAAAAUGUCUAGGUUUGUUUAAUGAUCAGUGCAGUAUUUUAUACUCACCAGGUGUUCUAUCUUCUUAUUCUGUCUUUUUUUAGGUCAUGAUAUUAUUAGAUUUUUCAAGUAGGACAGAGAAGGCCUGUGGACAUACUGUACAUCGUAAUAAAAAAAACUGUUUUAGCAGCUGACAAGCUAGCUGAGCCUUAGUGCAGCCAAGCUGGGAACAAGAACAACUGUAAAUCAUCAAGUUUCAGACAAGUAACUUAAUUGCAUUGAACUUACAUUAGUUCAGAGAAUGGAGUAAUCAAAUCAAAGUUUUUUUUUUUUUGUUUUUUUUUUUUGUUUUUUUAAGUUUAACCUUUUACCUUUUUUGAAAUUGUGGACAAAUCUCUUAAUAAAACGAUGGAAAUGGCAUUUUGUGAUUUACUUCGGCUACACAACUUAAGUAAAACCAAUACAUCAUUCAAGUUGAAAUAGCAAAGAACUUUCAUUUCAGAAUCCUAGAAUUGCUCACAGAAGGAUUUUUCACGGGCUGCAGAUUGACUUGGAGGUUGAGACAGCACCACUGACAACGCUGUUAGAGAUACUUGCAUCUGGAUAUCAAUGACAUCCGUCAAAAGAGAAGACGUCAAAUCUGUGCAGGCCUGAGUAAUACCAAGGCAUUGAAAAUGAAAGUCAAAUAGAUAUUUUCUGCAGCUAAUUAGAACCCUGAAGGAAUACUGAUUCUUACUUUCUGACUAUCAUCAUCUUCUUUCCGCGUGACAUACUCAUAUUGCUAAAUAUCCAUUUUUUUUCCACUUCACUGAUUCCUGCAAAACAAUGGUCCUUAAAUAACAUACCAAGAGCCUGAAAUUUAUGCAGACUUAGCUCCCCAGCUGCACUGCAUAACAAGCAAUCCCAAGAUUAAAUCAAUGUUCAUCUGCAAUAUUAACUCUUUGGUACUUGAAACUUUCUCUGCUCUUUGGGAUUUUAAUUAAAUAUCAGGAUCGUGACUACUUGUCUGGAGUGUGGGUGAUUAGUGAUUAUUUGGUCCCUGGUCCUGCCUCUUGAGGGGAGAAGGAAGCCCCCAGCCUCUGGCGAUGCCAGGUCAGCAGAACCGCUAUAAAGCCAUGCCCCCCCCCACCCCCAAUACCGGGCACUGCCUGCAAUAAAGUGGGGUUGGGGAGGUAGGGGAUACGGUUGCAACUGUGAUUGCAUCAGCAACAGCCAGGUGAGUUUACCUGAGGUAACAUACUGGGGAGUGAUUGAAGGAGGAAGCAAACACUCAUAAUCCCUCCCCCGAAUCUCAGCCUAGGCGUCUAAAGAAAUUACAACAGCGAGCUAGGAAACAAGCCGUUUGUCUCUUUUCACCCACAUGGACCAGGCUCCUGAAUUCUGGAAGCAGUGUCCAGUCUGGGUUUGUUGGCAUCUGACCUGUAGGGGUCGCUGAAGAGUAAUGAGGCUCCUUUUCCCAUGUUGUUUUUUUAAUCCCUAACCCUGCGUGGAUGUGAAAGCCAAUGCAGUUUAUAGCCGAGAUUGGCAUUUUUCGAGGCUAGUGGAAUUUGAAGUAGUUAAUGACAGAAUUUUGAUCAAGCUGAUCCAUUAAUGCUUUUACUAUUAUAUCUAAGUGAUGUGGAGAGUACUGAUUCUAUCCAACACUGCGCUUGGACCUUGUAAGGGUGGUGCGGUUACAAGGCGGUUAGUUGUAAGUAUACAGCUGUGGCCACCAGUUUUGCAUCACCCUAUAGAAUUAACCAAUUUUGCUUCAUAAAGUGGAAUGAAACCUGCUGAAUAAUGUUACGUUAACAUAUUGAAUUACAUACCGGUGGACCACCGCUUUCUGACUGUGACUGAAGUGAUCUUAAUUAUGACUGGUCUAUUAAAUCAGACCACUUCAAUGCUCAUGAUUUAACAACAAACUCAACCCCAAUUUGAUUUCAAUGUAUAACAUUAAAUAAAAAUAAAAAUCGCCCAACCAGCCUGGAAAGUUAUAGCAUGCCAUUUUAUUAUUUUUACGACUCGCUUAUUACUUCUUGUUUGCCUGGAGGUGGUAUUAGGUUCAUAGUUUAUGUAGCACUUAAUCAGUGUGAGUUACUUUCUUUCAAGUACAGGCCUCAAUUCAAUGGGAGCUAUUAAAUGGACUGUUUCUAUUUGUUUUACUGAUAGCUCUAAUAAAUAUGUUUGUAACAAACUCCCACCCCGGCUGUAAAUAUAAAAUGAGAGCUAUCCGUGUCAUGAAUAAGUAGAUGACCAUGUAAAAACUGGACAGACAGAUGGACAUCCAUAUACAGUACCCCAGCUUCUUAUAGUCUCAAUAACUAGUGGUAAAGAAUGCUGUAACUAAGUUUUAUCACCACUUUUAAGAGGCUUCUCUAGAUAUACAGUAAGUGUGGCAUACAGUACAUAGGUGUGGUACUGAAAGACAGAAGGACUUCUCAGAUUCUGAUUCAUAUCUUGUGCUAAAGUUUCAUCAUAAUUGUACAAGUGCUUCCCCAUGCAAAACUGGAAAGCGUGGCAUAGGGACAUCUCCAAAUCCUGGUGCUGGGAGAUAAGGUGUAUGAAGGCAGCGAUUGAUGGCACUGUAUGCAGUUCAGGUUUCCAUGUACUGGAAUUUGACUGUGGGCUUCUUUCCUUCUCAUUUGUUGUACAGUGUUGGCUUCUUUGUGCCUCUGCUCUGAAAAGCUGAUUCAGCGCAGAGCUGUGAAACCUAUUGCAUUUGUUAAGAAUGAUAUGCAAACCACACGUCUCAAAGCUUACAUCCGUGGGAUGGCACUGCAUUAACGUUGGUAGAAUCCUGCAGACUUGCAGGGUUCUGUUGCUCUGCGGUAAUACACAGUAUUGUAGAGUAAAACGUUUUUCCAUUAUUUAUACACUGUGUGAAGCACGAAAGUGGGUAUUGACCAAAGCUCUGGUGUUAUGGCUACCGCUUGUGCUGAUCAGCCUUGCCCAGCAGGGGUCUUACUGGCCUUGGGUGAAAGUCAGCUUGUAUCUUCCAGAGCACCCUGUGCUACAUGAGAUGACAAUUCCAUCUAAUAUGAAGAUGUUGCAGCUGGCUGACAUUCAUAUUUAUAGAUACUAUAUGACAGUACCAAAUUGGUAUUCAUUGGUCUUAACAGAACUACUGUAAUAUAAAUAAAAUAUUACCACUUUCCCAGACACACACCAUAGAUUCCCCCUUCCUUUUUUAAAAUCUCUGACAGCACCCCGAGUUUUUUUCCACUUCGCCAUGUGAUUUCCAGUACCCAUUACAAUUUAUAUGCACAUCUACUAGUGCUCUGAGCUAUGUCUCUCACACAAUGCUUUGAUGUGUGUUUUGAAGAUUCCCUUACCCUUCCUUUGAUCCAUUAACGCACGCAACCUUUCAAAUUUGCUUCACCCUACUGUAUAUUCUAGGGGAGCACGCUAGUUUUUUAAAUGUACUUUAUAUAUAUAUAUAUAUAAUUUUUUUUUUAAAAUUGGAAUUAUACAAUCAUUUAGCAAUCCCAGAAUAUUGUUCGGUGACUUGUUAUAUCGUAGAACUCUUAAUAGAGUAUCCUUAGUAAGUUAGAUGGCAUUCUCUGUUUUCCUUCACAUCUGUACUAAAGUCUCAUCUUUGGUAAGCAGUAAGCCAGGCAGUUUAUUUUUUAGCAUGUUAGCUUAAGGUAUCUCCAGUUAUUAUACUAUUAUAGGCUCCAACGCAUGUCAGAAGCACGGCCAUAUUGCCUUAAUUAUUAUGCAUAUCCUGUAUCACUCAGUGCACGGAGUCUAAAACAUACGUGUUAUUUUACAAUAAAGGUCUAUAUACAUUACAGAAAUGAUUGUUUUGCACUGAAAGGCAUCAUGAAAAAUACUGUGUUAUAGUAAAUACGUAACCUGUUCACUUUACAGAAUAAUUAUUAUCUGCCAUAUGUAUUGAAUUUGGGAAAUGAACCAUUGUGCUCUGUAAGGGCAACCACUUAGAGGAGAAUGAUUAGUGUCAUCGGAGUUCUUUAUGAUCUGUUUUAUGAAAUGUGCUAUGAAUCCUUCAGCCUUUCAAUAAAGGCUUCUCAGAUUUCUUUAAACCGUGUUUUUAAUGUGUGAGCUUCAGUUCUAUUAAAUAUACGCAAGCGGCAUGUCUUCGAUCAUGAGAAUGAUCAAAGCAAUACGCUGUCGCAGCAUGUCUGCAAGCAGAAUUGCAAAGUGUUGGAUGAGCCGCACAGAGGCGUUGGCACACAAUAACUCAAAAGCCCUGUCUUUUACAGUGCGUUAGGAGAAGUUACAAGAACAGCUAUCAUGUACGAAAUACGGUAAUAUGUAAAAAAUUCAACAUUUGCCCACCAGGUAGCACUGUGUGCUAUGCAGAAAUACCCCAACAUGUUAAAGGUGAAGUGCCCCAUACAGUUUUCUUUAUUUUUUCCACUUAAGAACCGUAUACACCCAUGUGGAUAGCAUAACCUGUAAAACUGCAUUUAAAAUUAAGGCAAUUACCGCAGGUAUAUUUUGUGUAAACCUGAACACGAUUACAGGACACU